AAUUCUUUUUUUUUGGGGCUAGCUUGACAAGAGUAAGCUGAAGCCAGGGACGAGAGUUGCUCUGGACAUGACCACUCUGACUAUUAUGAGAUAUUUGCCCAGGGAAGUGGAUCCAUUGGUUUAUAACAUGUCUCAUGAAGACCCWGGAGAUGUUUCCUAUUCUGAGAUCGGGGGGCUGUCGGAACAAAUCCGAGAGUUACGGGAGGUCAUUGAACUGCCACUUACAAACCCAGAAUUAUUCCAGCGUGUGGGAAUUAUCCCUCCAAAAGGCUGCCUGCUCUACGGCCCCCCUGGUACAGGAAAAACCCUUUUGGCCAGAGCAGUUGCCAGCCAGCUGGAYUGCAACUUCCUCAAGGUGGUGUCGAGUUCCAUAGUGGACAAAUACAUCGGUGAGAGCGCUCGGCUGAUCCGAGAGAUGUUCAAUUAUGCCAGAGAUCAUCAGCCCUGCAUCAUUUUCAUGGAUGAGAUCGAUGCUAUUGGUGGGCGCCGCUUUUCCGAAGGCACAUCAGCUGAUAGAGAAAUUCAGAGGACUCUGAUGGAGUUGUUGAAUCAGAUGGAUGGAUUUGACACCCUGCACAGAGUUAAAAUGAUCAUGGCCACGAACAGACCUGACACCCUGGAUCCUGCCCUGCUGCGGCCCGGAAGGCUGGAUAGAAAAAUCCAUAUCGAUCUACCAAAUGAACAAGCCAGAUUAGAUAUUUUGAAGAUUCACGCAGGUCCUAUCACCAAACAUGGUGAAAUAGAUUAUGAAGCAAUCGUGAAGCUUUCAGAUGGCUUCAACGGAGCAGACUUGAGAAAUGUCUGUACUGAAGCAGGGAUGUUUGCGAUCCGUGCCGAUCAUGACUUYGUAGUUCAGGAAGAUUUCAUGAAAGCUGUCAGGAAAGUGGCUGAUUCCAAGAAGCUGGAGUCCAAACUUGACUACAAACCUGUGUAAAUGAACCAUAGAAUUUGUGAUUGAUUGUACACAUCCUACUGGGUUAAUGCAUAAAAAAAGGAGAGAAAUAAUGUACUUCUUGAUUAUCAUUGUAAGGUGUUUGUGUAGCAUGUAGCUAGUAAUUUUGGGAAUGCUAGUUGCAAGUUGGCUACAGGAGUGUGUUUUCUGUACAAUUCCGAAAUGCAACAUUCUUCACAGCCCAGGCUCAGUAAAACUGUAUGGAGAUGUGUUGUUCCCUUAGCAAUUAUGGUGGGAAUUUAUAAACGUGCCUGAAAGGAUCCGCAAACAGAAGAAAGUCAGUUCAUUUCUUGACUUUUUGUAUAUCGGUAAAUCUCCUUUCCCCAAACAGUUUAUGAAUAAAACCUGUUUAAAUCUGUUUAUCC